AUGUCGCACUUCGGGCGCUCCGGGCAGCCGGAGAACCGCGACACUUUCUCCCUCCUCGUCCUCAACGUCUCCUUCCGCACAACGGCUGACGACCUCUUCCCGCUCUUCGACCGCUACGGCGAGGUCGUCGACAUCUACAUCCCGCGUGACCGCAGGACUGGGGAUUCGCGAGGGUUCGCGUUCGUGAGGUACAAUUACGAGGAUGAGGCGCAGGAUGCCAUUGACGGGCUUGAUGGGAUGAGGUUUGGUGGGCGGGCGCUCAUGGUGCAGUUUGCCAAGUACGGGCCCAAUGCUGAAAAGAUUCAUAGGGGUAGAAUUACAGAAGAAAAUCCAAAGCCAAGGGGUCAUUUCAGAAGCCGCAGUCCAAGACCGAGAAUUGCAUGCACUGAAGGAAAAGCUAGCUAUGACCUCAUGCCCCUACUGACUUUGUGUAUCUUGCUACGCAUCGAGAGGAUUAUCGGGAUAGAGACUAUAGAAGGCGAAGCCGGAGCAGAAGUAGGGAGCGAUAUGAACAGGACAGGUACAGAGAUAGUGAUCAUCGUCGCCAUAGGACUCACAGUAUUAGUCCUGACUAUGAUAGGAAACAUAACAGACACAGUGGCUCUCCUGUGCGUAAAAACCCCAGUCAUAGCAGAAGCCGUUCACCUCGUAGGGCACCUCAUGAAGGAACACCUAACAAGCCCAGAGAUGGCAGAAGCCGUUCACCUCAUAGGGCACCUCAUGAAGGAACACCUAGCAAGCCCGGAGAUGGCCGCGCUGCAUGUUCUGGAAGCCCUUGAGCCUAAAGCUGAAAUGCUGAAUAUCGCACAGCUUCUCACGGACAGCUUGAGGCAUCUAGACAGUUCUCGUCAUUUGUAUUUUCUUACUUUUAACUGGUAUGUUACUAAGAUGGCCUUUGUUUCAGUUUAG